AGAGGGAGGCUGGCACGCCCAAGCUAAAGUACUGAAUGACGUGCGUCUGUUGUGUCUUCUGUAUCGGUGCGUCCUGCUAUUGGCGGACUAUUGGAAAAACAAAGCAAUCAGCGGCGCGCCGUAGGCGGGUGGAUCGCCGGUUGAUAAAUCCAGAUCUCUCUCCUGUGGGCGGGAACGGCAACAGUCGAAGAGCGAAAGUGAGGCGCAUGAGGAGCGAAAGAGAGGAAGAGACGUGGAAGAACCGAGGCUGUGGCGGGGGCUGUGGUUGACCGGGGUCCGCGGAGGGGGCGAGGCGUCCGCCCCUGCAUGCGACUUCAGCCGCGCAUGGACGACCACCUCAGUCUCCUGCAAUCACCCCCGCCGAGCGCAACCAAAACCAGAGGCGACACCCUGGUGAACCACGGCUACACCGAGACAGAGGCCGACGUGAUGACGGUCGUGGCGUGUGACAACAUGCUGGAGGAGUCGGCGGCUUUGCCGGGCCACCACUCUCUGGACCGGUACGAGCCGGACCACGAGUGCUGCGAGCGGGUGGUCAUCAACAUCUCAGGGUUGCGCUUCGAGACGCAGCUGAAGACGCUGUCACAGUUCCCAGAGACGCUGCUGGGGGACCCCAAGAAGAGAAUGAGAUACUUCGACCCCCUCAGGAACGAAUACUUUUUCGACCGGAACCGACCCAGCUUCGAUGCCAUUCUUUAUUACUACCAGUCAGGCGGGCGCAUCAGGAGACCUGUAAACGUGCCCAUUGACAUUUUUUCCGAGGAGAUCCGCUUCUACGAGCUGGGCGAGGAGGCUAUGGAGAAGUUCAGAGAGGAUGAGGGCUUUAUUAAGGAGGAGGAGCGGCCGCUGCCUGAUAAUGAGUUUCAAAGGCAGGUGUGGCUGCUCUUUGAGUACCCAGAGAGCUCGGGUCCCGCCCGGGGAAUCGCGAUAGUGUCUGUCCUGGUCAUUCUCAUCUCCAUUGUCAUCUUCUGCUUAGAGACGCUGCCGGAGUUCAGGGACGAGAACAGGGACCCGAUCACCAUUGCGCCUCUGAUAAAUGGCACGCUGCCCUAUUUCAUUAGCCCCUUCUCGGACCCCUUCUUCGUGGUGGAGACGCUGUGCAUCAUCUGGUUUUCAUUCGAGCUGCUGGUGCGCUUCUUUGCAUGCCCGAGUAAAGCCACGUUCUCCAAAAACAUCAUGAACAUCAUUGACAUCGUUGCCAUCAUUCCCUACUUCAUCACCCUGGGCACGGAGCUGGCAGAGAGGCAGGGGAACGGACAGCAGGCCAUGUCUCUGGCCAUCCUGCGCGUAAUCAGGCUCGUUCGGGUGUUCCGCAUCUUUAAGCUUUCGCGGCACUCCAAGGGCCUACAGAUUUUAGGGCAGACUCUAAAGGCCAGCAUGCGCGAGCUGGGACUGCUCAUCUUCUUCUUGUUUAUUGGGGUCAUCCUCUUCUCCAGCGCCGUCUACUUCGCCGAGGCAGACGACCCGGAGUCGGGGUUCAACAGCAUCCCGGACGCGUUCUGGUGGGCGGUCGUCACCAUGACCACCGUGGGUUACGGGGACAUGCACCCCGUGACGAUCGGGGGCAAGAUCGUGGGGUCGCUGUGCGCGAUCGCGGGCGUGUUGACCAUAGCGCUGCCCGUGCCGGUCAUCGUGUCCAACUUCAACUACUUCUACCACAGAGAGACUGAUGGCGAGGAGCAGGCGCAGUACCUGCACGUGGGGAGCUGUCAACCCCUGGCGGACACGGAGGAGCUGAGGAAGACACGGUCUUCCUCCUCACUCAGCAAAAGCGAGUACAUGGUGAUAGAGGAGCACGGGAUCAACAGUGCGUUCAAGCAGCAGCCAAACUUCCCGACCACCACCACCACCGCUCAGAACAACUCGCAGAACUGUGUCAACAUCAAUAAAAAGAUCUUCACCGACGUGUAGCCAGCUUUACAAUAAUUACAGGAUGACGCGAUGAGUCAAAACAUAUAUGCAGCAGCGUUUGGGAGCAAAGGCAGAUAAAAAGAGAGCAAAAUAGUGGGGGGCGGGGAAUAAAACAUGGGCACAACCCGUCUGUUGUAAAGAGAUGCUUUGUGCGCCAUUCCAAUAAUUUGGAUUUUUAAAAAAAUCUAUAUAUUUAAGUCAUUCUUGCUUGCAAAAAGAGAAUGACAUCUCUCGACAUCUACUCGUUGCUCUCCGAAUGAGCGACAACGAGUCUGCUGUGCGCCGCGAGGCGGGCAGCACGUUCGGCACGUCACAACAGGUAGAGAGAUAAAAGCUGUGUUGACUGUGAAAGACGAGCACGAGCAGACGCUUCUGACAAAAGGACGCUCACGCGGGUGCCAUCGUGCGUCAAGAGUCGUGAUUCGACAGUAAUACCCUAUAUGUUCAAUAUUCGCAGUCAUUUAAAUAUGUGUAGCAUCUGUGUGUGGUCAAGCAUACGUCAUGUCAGAAUGACGUAAUCCAGCAUAAUAUAUAUCUAUGUCAUAUAAACCGUUCUGUGGUAGCCUAUACCUUUAUUGUGCGUUAAAGUCUAGUCUAAAUACUACUACUGUCUUUAAAAAAAAACAUAGAUUUAAAUCGUCUUGGUAGGCUAUUUAAUGCGUAAGCAGCUCCACGUAAACCACUAGAGUCAAGACGGCCGUCAGGGUCUCAGUAUAGAUACUACACACACGUGAGGAGGGGGACAAAAUAGGGCGCGUUCUCCGAUCAAAGAUGGGGCGCGUUUCUCUUGUAGCCUCAAAUAGAGCCCGCUGUGAUGCAGUCUCCAUGGUGACGCGCGUUUCCUCGGUAACCCUUCUCCCCCCUCACCCCCUCCCCAAGUCACCGUUGCCAUAGCAUCACUGUUUCCACAGUAACCUACCCAGAUGGUUUCAAAGUUAUAUUGGAGAUCCUCGUGCGAGUGGCUUGUCUUUCCGGCGUCUCAAUCAAUCAGACCAAAACAUAUUCAGAUUCAACGACUGUUAAAGACUGCCGGUACAGGAAGUAAAAUAAAAUAAAAUAAAAAUAGUGAAGACCUCAGCCACUCUGAAGCUGGUCAACAAUCACGGGCCACAACUCAAAACGCUGUUGUGGUGGGAGACUGAAAGUGAAGAGGCAGCGUGUGAAGAAUUAUGAAUGGACUGGGAAUACGUCGCACGACGGCCCCGAGUGCACUACUGCGGGUGGCCAUUGGAGGACGCUGUUCCACUGACAAAAAAAAAAAAAAGACGACCUGGAUCCCCUGAUGAUGUCAUUUCCAUUGCCUCCCUUCAAGGAUGCAGAGACUUCAUCCUGGUUCUGUUGGACUGGAUAGGCCCGGUGGAUUUGAUCUACUCCCCCUGCUUUCUUAAUUUCAACGGGUGCCCUCCAAUUGGUGACAAGUAAUUCUCCCACUUUUCAAUUCAAAAUGCAUAAUCAACAGGCACAUAAAGCUGUUCUCAGAACAUUUUGUAGCACACAGUUUGGACUUCACACUCUAUGAAUGGAACCUUUGCAGGGUCAAAGGUCAUUGAGAUGUAAAAAAAAUUAAAAAAAAAAAAUAAAUAAAUAAAUAUCCGGACAUUUUCUAAAUGGCAUACAAUAGUUAAGCACAACAAUCUGCCAGCAUUUUUGCAAAGCACCUUUCACUUUAUGGGGACUUUGAUUUUUUAAAUCUUUUUACUUUGUUUUUUUAUUUAAUUUCCCGCAAAGGUGAUAAUAAUCAUGGACAAUAAAAAAAAAGAAAUAUCUGAAAGCAAGUUUAAAAAAGAAGUGGCAAAAAAAAAAAAUUAAAAUCUGAGUCCAUCUGUGAUUUGACUGAUACGAAACUGUGAUACCAAUCAAAGACUGUUAGCCAUAUGCCUUUGUUAUAUAUGUGUGCUCUGUAUUGCUAAAUAUGUUUAACAGACACAUUCUCAUGUGUGCUGGUUGCUGCUAUUCUUUUGACGUACUCAUGAAGAACAACACAAAUGCAUUUAUGCAAAUGUCGAUUCAGAUACUUUAGACAUGCACACACUAACACACACUUGUUUACAUGUUUCAGCUCUAUCCCAGAGUGCACUUUGUCUUUUUUGUUUUUUUAUUGUUGCUUUUCCAUUUGGGAUAGAGCAGAAUAUUGACAGUUGAAGGCUGUGUGUGCCUGGAGUUAUUCUGCGUUGUUGUGCACUGUCUUCAACAUGACCCAUAUAAAGAGAUCA